AAACAAAACAAAUACAAAAUAAAAUAUGGCAACAUUUAUAAACGAACAACAACAUCUUAAUAUCAUAAAUGAUAAAUCAAAACACAAAGCAGCACCAGCAACAACAACACCACUAUUACUACUUUGCCAACUAUACUACAGAAAAUAAAAAUGUCCAAGAGGAAAUCAGUGAUGGCAAUAAUGUUGAUGACUUUUAUCACAUAAAGCAAUGUUGUUAUCAACCUACAACAACAAUAAAAAGUAGAACACUAAACCAAAGAAACCAAUAUAUUUUAACAACAACAACCAUAACAACAGCAACCUCCACAACAACAUCAAAUGCAGAAACCCUCACAACAACACCAACAACGACUACAUUAUCACAUGUUCUACAUUCUCUAUCAUCUUACAAUUGCCGUUCUUCGUUUGUCACUGUAUUCUUAAUGGGUUAUUUACUGUUAGUUCAACAUUAUGCCAUGGCUGCUCCACAAUCGUGUAUACUCUGUGAUAAAAAUGAUUUACAAGCCAAAGAUCCACAAACAAAUUAUGAAGAAUUUCUAUUUGAACAUCAGGUGACGAGACAAGAUGCGAUAAACGCUUUGAGGCAAUUAAAUGAGAGUUUUUAUGAAGGAACCGCCUCGGAUAGUUCGUGUAAUGGUGUCCGUUGUACGGAAAAAGUUAUGAAAUAUGUUUGGGACCACAAUUUAUAAAUGAUCAUUGUUGGUGUGAGGUGGGCCACA